AUGGAAAAGAGUGAGAAUGUUAAUAGUGGAGUAGAUAAAGAUGUUGAAAAUUUCAUUGUGGAAGACAUUCACGAGGAUGAGACUCUUAUAGUUAUUGAACCUGAAAAAUCAAUUAACGAGCCUCCUCCAAUGAAGAGCUACAAUCCUCGGAUUCCAUAUCCUCAAAGGUUAGAAAGGAAGCACUUCAAUGACGAAUUUGUCAAGUUCCUUGAGGUAAUGAGGGGUUUAGAAGUUUACAUUCCAUUUUUCCAAGCUAUGGCUCAAAUGCUCAUUUAUGCCAAGUUACUAAAGGAACUUCUUUCUAACAAGUCCAAACUUGAAGAAAGUUCCACCAUUGCUCUUUCCGUCGAAGAUGUGUGCAAGCCUAAUGUUACUCUUCAUUGCAAGAAGCUCAACUUUGAGUUUUUUAAACCCACAAGAAGGGUGAUACAACUAGCGGAUCGCUCGGUUAAGGUGCCCAUUGGAGAAUUCGAGGAUGGUCCGGUGCAAGUUGGGAGAGUCUUCAUUCCUUGUGACUUUGUAGCGAUGGAAAUGGAAGAAGACUCCCAAAUACCUCUUAUUUUUGGAAGGCCUUUCUUGAAAAAGGUCGGGGUGCUAGUUGACAUGAAGAGGGAUGUCUUGACAUUGAGGGUUGAAGAUGAGAAGAUGAAGUUUUAA